UUCAACUUUCCGCUCAAGGCAACAAGAUUCAUAGGAAAAGGGAAACAAAGGAAGUCGAAUACUUGCUGGUGCCCGAUUGGGUCAUUUCGGGCACGAAAAUUCAUCCUCGACCCGUUCCUCAAGAUUCAUUAACUGAUGCUUUACCAGUCAAUUCAAAUGUGCGAUGAGAACGUGUUACGAACUCCCUUCUACAAGAAGUGGCCAUAGCAGCAGCAAUAAAAUAUUUUUCUUCAAACCAAACUGGUGAGGAGACAAAAUAUUGCGUAGGCGAUAUGCGAAAAAAGAGUAAGUCUAACUGGGGGUUUUGUUAGCGUAUGGAAUUCUGGAGCAGUGAUAUUAUCAAAGACAAGUUACAACUGUGUGAGCUGGCAAGCGAAAGGAGGUAAAAUUUGUGCAUCACGACGGUUGUUUUCAUAAUGUCAGAGCUGAACCCUUGCUUGUGGGUAUUCCGCUUUUUCCUCUUCGUCUUCGUGUUGACGUGCGGGCUUGUACUACUAGCACAUCACUACAAGAAAAACGGGAAAUUGUCACGUGGCAACCGGAGGAGUAUCGUAGGGGGAUACGACGAGGGAUACGAUAAGAUAUUUCCCAGGCGCUAUCACGCCACAGGGAUCCUGACGCUGCCGUUUGAUGAUAUUGUCGAGCCAUUUGAGGCUUGGUUUGCGGGGGAUUUAAACAUGAGCCGGAUUGACUACUAUUAUGGUAUGGACAAAACAAUUCAAAGAGGAGACCUGGGCGCUAAUGGAAUGCUAUUCAAGAUCGUCCCAAUGCACUAUGUCGUCACACCUUCAGACAAAAAUAUCAUCAGCUGCUGGUAUAAACCGCUGGCCACGUGGCUACCGCGGGCGGGACAGUCCGUCGUACCUACCAACCUCACUGAAUUCAAGAUGGUUGCUAUAGAGACGCACCGCGGCCAUCCAAGCUUUCGUUUCCAGCGGAAGUUCAGCGAGCUGAACAAGACAAAUACGUACAUUCUAUGGAUCACUACCCAUAAGCCUCAUCGGCCACUCCGCUUUGAGAUGAUUGGCUACGAUGACAUGCUGACGUCUCAUUAUGACCACUACCUCAUCGACUACGUCACAUUUGACGAGUGGACUUUGAACUCUACUGUCUUCCAGCUUCCCGAAAAAUCCAUAUGCGGAAAUAAAGCCCACGAGAUCAAGUCGCACUAUGUUGUUAACCCAAUGUCUCAAUUCAUGCACUUCGACCAUGCGAAGGACCGAGAGCUAGCCCGACUGUAUCACGAGUACAAGGCGAAGCACGGCAAACAUUACCGAACACACGCCGAGCACGACCAGCGAAAACACAUUUACAAACAUAAUUUCAGGUUUAUAAGUUCUAAAAAUCGCCAAAACCUUUCCUACAAACUAAAGACCAAUCACCUCGCGGACCUGACCGAGAAGGAAGUGCAAAGGACAAAUGGCUUGCUAGAUGACGCCACAAAGUGCACACAUGCGCAAAGCCUGCACUUUGACUUAGCGAAAGCCCUGCACAAGAUUCCGGUCAAGCUGGAUUGGAGGGACUAUGGUGCGGUAACCAGUGUUGAUAGUCAGGGUUUGUGUGGGUCAUGCUGGACGUUCUCUGCUCUUGGUGCCGUCGAGGGCGCUCACUUUUUCAAGACAGGUGACCUACAGAAGCUGUCCCGCCAGCAGUUGCUGGACUGCACGUGGUCUGCCGGUAACCAUGGUUGCAGAGGCGGAUUCCAGGACAGGACACUGCAGUGGAUAAAGCGAAACGGCGUUGCAACCAAAAAGGAUUAUGGGAACUAUCUCGCUCAGGAGGGAUUCUGCCACUGUGGUAAGACAAGCAACUGCACAACACAUCACAUAAGUGGUUUUAUGCGAGUCAAGAAACACAACCCCACGUUGCUGAAGUUUGCAUUAGCUACGCACGGCCCGAUCGCAUCAUCCCUAAACGCUGACCAAAAAACGUUCAGGUUCUAUAGCCAUGGCAUCUACGAUGACCCUAAAUGCGGGCGCAAGACAAACCACGCCGUUCUUACCAUCGGCUACGGCUCUCAGCACAGUAACGCUUCUUAUUGGCUGAUAAAAAAUUCUUGGGGUCACUUGUGGGGUGAGAACGGCUACAUCAGAAUCUCCUCAGACCGGGAUACCUGUGGCGUGCUAAACGGCCCUCUUUUAGCGGUGAAGAAGAGCAAACAUGUGGCGGAGUUUCCUUAUAAAGUUUUAAGGAAAGUUGAACACGAGGUUAAAAGCAAAGACGAAUGGGAAAAAGAAAUGAACCCAUUACCGUUUAGAUAACGGAUGCUAUAACUAGAAAAACUACAGAAAAACUAGGUGGUCGUGGUCGUACUGAAGAAACAGCGAAAUGCUUUAUAAUCUUUGUUUUAAGUUGUUUGUUAUGCGCGUUAUACUUUGUGGUUUGCUGAUAGCUUAGGCUAAAACACACUGAAAUGAAAAGUACAAAUUCUUUGGUAUCACAAUUAUUUGUGCCUCUA